AUGAAGGCACUGAAGAGUUUUGCCAUCUUCCUCUGUCUGGCUGGGAUGGUCUUUGUUCUUGUAAACAUGGAGCUGAUGGAGACAAUCUAUAAAGGAUACAAUUCCAUCUUUUCCAAGAAAGCAACUUCUGCUCCUUCCACUGUUCCUCCUUCUGCUCCUUCCACUGUUCCUCCUUCUGCUCCUUCCACUGUUCCUCCUUCUGCUCCUUCCUCUGUUCCUUCCUCUGCUACUCCAAAUCCCGGUGAUUUCUGCGCCUUCAAGCCACUACUGUCGUCUGCAGAUGCUGAGGAGGAACGCCUCUUAUUAGAGCUUGCCUGGCCUGAAACUCCAGUGCUGUCCUCUCCUCUUUUACUGAAUCAGACAAGCCAUGCUGGACACAGCUUCUUCCACAUUCUCCCAAGAAAGGGUGGAGGGGAGUGGCAUGUAGGAGAUCAGCUGGAAGUCAUGAUAAAAGUCUGUGACUUCCUAGGAAAUGCCAAGAAGUCUGGGGGAGAUUUCUUAGUUGCCUCAUUGCACAACAAAACGCUUGAAGCAGGCGUGGCUGGGCGAGUGGUGGAUCAUUCUAAUGGCUCCUACUCUGCUGUGUUCACUUUACUCUGGGAAGGAGGCGCACAGGUCCAGGUGGAGCUUGUUCAUUCAAGCGCUGCUAUCACAGUUCUGCGCAGGCUGAACAGAGAAAAUCCUGACAGGUUUAUCUUCAAGAGUGUCUUCCACUCAGGCUCGAUCUCUGAAACUACCAUCUGUAAUAUUUGUCUACGUCAAAACAAACAGCCACAGUGCAACUUCACCGACCCCCGCACAGGUGGCCCUUGGUUCUGCUACAAGCCAAAGAACCUGAGCUGUGACACCAGGAUUAAUCACUUCAAAACAGGAUGUAAGAGUGCCUUUAAGGACGACGAGAAGAUGCUCUUCCAAAGGAAUGCCAACCUGAAAGUUUUGAUUCCAGCAUCUGGACCUUCCAGUGUCAAUGUGUUGCCACAAAUGAAAGGGCAACCUGGGCUUCAUCAAGGCAGUUGGAAGUCUGGAACUUCGGGGUAUUACUACCAGGGUGUGUGGCAAUCACCAGAUGGCAUCAAAGUCCCACAAUUCAACAACGCAUCUGCCAUCAGUCAGUGUCUGAAAGGCAAGAUGGUCUACCUGUAUGGAGACUCCACCAUCAGGCAGUGGUUCGACUACUUAAGAAAAUCACUGCCAGAUGUCAAGGAGGUAAAUCUGAAAGGUGUGACUCAUGCAGGACCUUUUAUGAUGUGGGACCCUGACAAUCAAACAAUGAUAACAUUCCGCAUCCAUGGUCUUCCUUUUCACAUUCUCAUGUUGCCAACUAGCAAGGAGAGUUACAUCGCCACUGAACUAGAUGCGAUUGACGGUGGUUCUGACACUGUUGUAGUUUUUGGCAUCUGUGCCCACUUUGGUGCUUUCCCAACUGAACUUUACAUCAGACGGCUUCAGAACAUCCGCAUGGCGGUGAUCCGCCUGUUAAAUAGGGCUCCAGACACGCUGGUAGUCAUCAAGACUGGGACUCUGACAAGAUUGAGUCCUGUUCUCUUGACAGCCAACAUUAACUGGUUCGCAGCUCAGGCGAACAAGAUAAUCAGAGCCAUGUUUAAAGGAAUAAACAUCAAAGUGGUGGACGCCUGGGACAUGGUUCUAGCUCACUACCUGGAACACGACCUUCAUCCUAGUCGUCCCAUCAUUAAAAACAUGGUUGAUGUACUUUUAUCCUACACAUGCCCCCACAAGUGA